UUGUUCUUUUCUCUCUCUCUCUCUCUGAAACUAAGAAAAAGCAAAGAAGAAAAAGCAAAAAUACGACGAAAUUUCCUACUUGACUUGAGAUUUUAAGAGUUUUCUUUUGUCAGACCACAGCAAAUUAAUGAGGUCAAUGGUAAUCUUCAGUGUCAACUUUCAUUUCGUGUAUAAAUGAAAUUUGUGUUUAUUUUAAUGUAAAAUUGCAACUGUUUCUGAUGUCAAAUCAAUUGAAUUCGGUGGAAUUUUGAUUUCAAAAGCAAUUGAUACGUUUUCACUGUAAUCUCUCUUUAUCAUCUUCACAUUUCUUCUCUUUCAAUCAUUCUGAAAUACUUUCUCUCACAAACCUCUCUGAAACCACAUCCCUUUUCAUUUCCUCUGUUUUCUCCUUAAUUGCCCUGUUUCUCUUCCUCUCUUACUUUCUUAGAGCCUCUUCUGGUUCACCAUCUUCUUCAGUUUACCUCAUUUUUACUCGCAAACCAGAUCACUUGAUUUUUCACUCCUUUCCCACUUCCUGACUACUCUCUAAAGAAAAGAAAAGAAAAAAAAAAUUCCCCUCCUUUUCGCUUACUUCAGACCCAAAAAAAAUUCUGUUUCCAUAUUUCUGAUUUCUUUAAAAAUUAAAAAAAAAAUUUCAUUUCUCUUAUUUGUUGUUAAAAAAAUUGUUAAUUUCGGCAAUUGUCCUGUGAUUAUCUCUGUUUGAAUUAUUUCCAAUCGCUUUACUUCUCUUCUGUGUUUUUCAAACUUUAAAGAAAAAAAAAAAUGGUUGAUGUUGCUGGGAGUAUCGGGGGUGUGGUGAGUCCACUCCUUCAAAUUGGCGAGUGGUUGGCUGCUCCGAUUUGGCGUAAAUUUAAGUACUUAUUCAACUACAGGAGCAACUUUAACAGUCUCCAAGAACAAGUUGAUAAGCUGAAGAAUACAAGAGACGAAGUUCAACAUAAGGUCACUGCAGCUGAAAGAAAUGUGGAAAAGAUCAAACAAAAUGUUAAGAACUGGCAGGAGGUUGUGGAGAACACGAUUACUAAAGCAGAGCAGUUGAUUCAGCAGAAUGCGAACAACCCUCGAUGUUUCAAGGGAUUGUGUCCCAACUUCAUCAUUUACUACAAACAAAGUAAGAAAGGAUUCAAAUUAAAACGGGAUGAUAUUGAUCCACUCCUCCAGCAAGAAAGGGAAUUGGGUCCAGUUUCCAAUCCUAGUAAUCCACGGGAGAUCUGGCUUAGACCUAGUGAAGAUUACUUGACUUUUGAAUCAAGAAACUCUACUAUGAAGAAUGUAUGGGAUGCUUUAAAUGAUGAGAAUGUCUUCAUGAUUGGUGUUUACGGGAUGGGUGGUCUUGGUAAGACCACUCUUGUGCAAGAAAUUGGUAGGAAAGCCGAGAAGAAAAAGCUCUUUGAGGAGUUGUCUUUGUAGAGGUUUCAGAAUCUCCUGAUAUAAAGAAGAUUCAAACAACAAUCGCUGACAAAUUGAAGCUGAAAUUCGAAAAUGAAAGUGAAAUGGCAAAUAAGAUAUAUUCAAGAAUGGAGAACAAGAAUAUCCUUUUAAUUUUAGAUAAUAUUUGGAAACCUGUAGAACUUGAUAAGAUGGUAGGAAUUCCUUGUGGAGCUGAUCGUGGAAGAAAAAAACUUCUGUUCACAACAAGAAAUGUAGAUGUGUUGGAGAGAAUGGGUUCUACAAAUAAUUUUAGGAUGGGCUUUCUAAAUGAUGAUGAAGCUUGGACCUUAUUCACCAAAAUGACAGGUGAUGUUAUUCAAACACGUGAAUUGUAUUCUCUAUCGAAUGAGGUAUGCAAGGAAUGCGGGGGAUUGCCUAUUGUCAUUUGUACAAUAGCAAAAGCACUAAAAAAUAAGAGUCAUCCAUCUGAUUGGAAGGUUGCAUUACAAGAAUUGAGAGCUCCUACACCAACUAAGUUCACAGGAUUCCUAGAAGAGGAAUACACGAAGAUUGCCUUAAGUUACAAGUAUUUAAGAGAUGAACUUAAGAAACUUUUUUUAUUUUCUAGUCUAUUGGAAAAUAAUACUUCAAUUUCAGACUUGUUUAAACAUGUUGUGUGUUUAGAUAUACUUGAAGGAGCUAACUUGACAAUGGAAGAAGCACGAGAUAGACUUGAUAAAUUGGUUCGUGACCUCAAAGAUGCUAGUUUGUUACUUGGUGAGUUAAAAAGCAAACAAUUUGCUAUGCAUGAUGUUGUUCGUGUUGUUGCCAUAACAAUUGCAUAUGUGGAUUAUCAUGUGUUUACAACAAGGAAUGACGUUGAACGAGAAUGGAAGGAUAGAGAUAAACUCAAGAAAUGCACAAAAAUCUCUUUGCUUGGUAACAGUCCUAUUAUUAGUCAGCUUUGGCCUAACUAUUUUAGUUUUCCAAAUCUUGAAUAUUUCUAUAUAACUAAUAUGAGGAAGUCUUCUUUCAAAUUCCCGAAGGACAUCUUCAAAGUGAUGCCAAAGCUUAGAGUAAUGAAUUUAGUUGGACUACAACAACCGUCAUUGUUGUCAUCGGUUGUUCUUCUAACAAGCCUUCAAUCUUUGUGUUUAGAUUAUAGUGAAGUUAAAAAUUUUGCUAUUAUUAGAAAGCUAAAGACACUAAAAGUUCUUAGCUUGCAAAACUCAAUUAUUAAGGAGUUUCCUAUAGAAUUGGGUCAAUUGAUUCAACUAAGGUUGUUAGAUUUAAGUGAAUGUUGAAAAUUGAAAGUUGUUGCUCCAAAUGUGAUAUCACAAUUGUCCCAAUUGGAAGAGUUUUAUAUAAAGGGAUGUCCUAUUAAGUGGAA